AUUGCGGGGGUCUGCUUUCCGCGGGCGCUGCAACGAGGUGUCGUUCCAAAUGUAUACAGUAGUAUCUCUUUGGCGUGAUGCUUAGCCAGAUUGAAAAUGCAAAUUGGCUUGCUUGUGCGCACAUCUCUGGAGGAGAAUAUCAAAACGGAAAAGUUGCUUUCCACAACGAAGGCGCCCAUGAUGGAUGGGAGCACGCAAGAAGUGAUCGGCGGGCUCCUACUGGCCGUCCUAUUUGCCUGGAUGCUUUGGAAGCUGCUGGACAUUGUGACCACGUUCAAGCAGGAGCAGCUGAGCGUUCGCAGGAAGCGCGACGACGACGCUGAUGUGCGGAAGGAGGUGGAGGACGAGUCAGCGAAAAGUGAAGCUGAUUAGACUCAUUCAAUGCACGCAGGCUCCCUUUUCGGCAUAAUACAAAUUUUGUAUUCCAGCUCUUGACGCAUAUCUUGUUGUCAGCAAAAAGCGCAGGUAAUGCACAGCUGUUUCUGGAAAGAAUCACGCUGAUGAAUCUCUGAGCUUUCAUCAUUCCUUUCUCCCAAAACAACCACGCAAAGCUCCGCACGUCUUUGAGCAGCAGAAUCCAAUAUCUGCGGCACAUAUUCCCUGCCACAAUCACAGAACCAUCACUUUUCCUGCUCUCCACCAGCCACACGCAAUGAACGAUCAAAGCAACGCAGAGCACCGUCUCAAAGCCCUGGGCCUCGAGGGCCCUGCCGGGGGAGGUGUCUCCUCGGGCUCAGACUGGGGCGACUCAGACAACGAGUCAGACGACGCGGGCACAGGGCCUGGGACUGAUGCAGAGGAGGCCUUUGAUGCUGCGUCGGCGUGGGUGGCUGCAAGCGUUCAGGGGGGGCGCCAGCUGGGACAAAAUGUGCAGUUACAGUUGUAUGGACUGUUCAAGCAGGCGACUGCGGGGGAGGCGACGGGGUCGAGGCCGGGGCCCUUCCACCCUUCGAAGCGCGCCAAGUGGGACGCUUGGUCGGCACACGGCAGAAUGUCCAAGGAAGAGGCGAUGGCACGCUAUGUGGCCCUCGUGUGCGCUAUCGACCCUGAGUGGAACGCUGCGCAGAGGAGCGAGGACCCCUCCUUUGGAGGUCGAAGCUCCGGAAGCCAGGGAGGGGGACCAGUCUUCAGUGUACCGUCGGUUGGGACGCCAGGGCCAGAUGACGAGAAAGAAAUUGCGGGGCUACCAGGGUGCGCGAGUCGAGGGGACGAGGCAGGGGUGGGGGCACUCCUGAAAGCGGGGGCGAACGUAAACGACGCGGAUGACGAAGGCCGGACGGCACUCCAUUGGGCAGCGGACGGGGGGCGCCUCGAGAUGGUCAAGCUGCUGCUAGAACGGGGGGCCAACCCGAACGCGAAAGACAAUGACGGUGCAACUCCGCUGCAUUACGCAGCGACGUGCGAUUUCGAGGCAGUUGCCGCAGAGCUCCUGAAAGCUGGUGCGGACUCCCACGUGGCAGAUGCGGACGGCAGCACGCCGUACGAAUUGAAGCCGAAGUCGUGGCAGUGGCCACAGCGUACCACGUGACCAAAAAUUGAGUUGGCUGGUAAUAAUAUUGGUUAACACUUGUAACCUGCCUGCACGGGCGGCGUGCGGUGUACUCUUUGGGUCGUCUUGACCGUGCUGGUCAAGGAGCGGGUUAGAAACUAGGACGAACGUGAUGGGCGAAUAAGUCUUCACAACCGUGCAGCCUUGAAUGGGCGAGUCCCGUGUGUCUAAAACGAAUGUUGAACAAGCUGUAACUACGAUGGUCAUGCAGUUUGGCAAAGAGUUUGGAUUAUUGGAGGUAUUACAGCAGGAUUCACUGGACCAUUAGAGGAGUCAUUUAGGAGCUGGCGAGCAACACUUACGCUGCACAAGCUUGCCACUCAUAAGAUGCCUUAGAGCUUGCCUUGAACCUGAGAACUUGGAUCGACAGCUUUUUUGGGGAAGACUGGCAUAUGCAGCUAGGCUAUAGCUUGAACCUUUUCAACACAAAAGCGCGCCUUAUUGGGACGGUGUGGCGACAUGGCAGCUAGGUUGCCUCCAAUCAGGCACACUUGUCAGUACGGGCAUGUAGUACCACGA